AUGACCUAUUCGAUAGAUCUGCUGAGCGACGCCUCCAAGAGGGCCGAGGAGAUAUUUUUCCAAGCUGGGAAUAAUAGCUCCCGAGCUGCUCGAAAUAGGUGCUUCCAUGCCAUCUGUGCCUUUAAUGAAGUCGAUCUUGACGCACCGGCUAGUGAACGGGUUGCGGCUUGGAACAAAAUCGUGGCGCCCUUUGAGAACUGCAGUACGCGGGACGAGGUGGUAGCCACAGCCGAUAUCGCAUUCGAGGAUCCAUCCAUGAUUCCGUCUGCAACUCUCGUCAAGGCUCCGAUCCACAUGGACUAUCGACUCCGAGUCCGCGUCGCGCCGACAGCGUUUAUCAAUCGCGGCUGCAGUAUUGUCGACACGCCGGUGGCAGAUGCGAGAAUUGGAGAGCGUGUCAACAUUGGAUCUAACGUGACCAUUAUCUCCGCGGGCCACUCGAUGACAGUCGACAAUACUCGAAGCGACCGAGCUGUGGUAGCGAAGUCAUCAUCGGCGACUGUGCUUGGAAUGGAGCCGGUGCCACUCUACUGUGCUGGGUGGAGAUUUGAACUUUCCGUUAUGCAAAACUUUCCGUUAUUGUUGCAGGCCUGGGCCCUGAUGUCGACAUUGGAUGCCACAGCAUCAUCGGGGCUGGGAGCCCAGUGA